CCGAACUUGAUUAUCAUUGGGCCAAGUACCAAUCGUAGCUGGCACCUUGGUAUCAUGUGGGCAUCUUGGUAAUAUCCGUUGCCGUUUUGGCUCAAGCCGUCCUCUCCUCGAGCGGCGCGGCAGUGCCGCCCCACCACCCGGCUGGCGCGCGUAAGAAGGGGGGCCCGCGUUGCCCCGCCCAGCCGCCGCCGCAGCGGGCCGCCGAGUCGAGAUGAAGGUGAAAGUCCUCCAGCGCAGCGAGCAGGAGUUCACGAGCCAGACUGGCGGCAUCGCCAGGCGCUUCUCGAAUCCGGACCCCGCGCUGCACCCGUUCGAGCGGGCGCGCGAGUACCAGCGCGCGCUGGUCGCGGUCAAGAUGGAAAAGAUCUUCGCAAAGCCUUUCAUCAAGUCCAUGGAGGGUCACACCGACUCCGUGAAGUGCAUGUCGCUUGCCAGAAGGGCUGGUGCGCCGUUGGUUAGCGGCAGCUGCGACGGCGAGCUGAGAAUUUGGAACCUACAGCACCUGACCUGCGGGGCGACCGUCACGGGUGCGCACGAAGGCUUCGUGAGAGACGUGGUGGUGAGCCCCGACGGCAGGCGCGUGCUGUCCUGCGGUGACGACAAGGCCGCGAGGAUGUGGACCCUGAAUGCCCGCCAGAGCAGCCUUGUCAGCGAGCCGGAGGUGAGCUACAGCAUGGCGGCCAUACCGAAUUCCAUCGACCACCACUGGGCGAAGCCCAUGUUUGUCACCGCAGGCGACACGGUCGACGUUUGGGACUACCAGCGAUCCGCGCCCCUGAGCUCGUUCGAAUGGGGGUGCGAGCGCGUCAUCGCGAGCCGCUUCAACCCCGCGGAGCCUGCCCUGUUAGCUUCCACGGCGGUCGACCGCUCCAUCGGCCUGUACGACCUGCGGGGCAAUUCGGCCAUCCGCAAAGUGAUCUUGAAGAUGCGGUCCAACGCCAUCGCGUGGAACCCGAUGCAGCCGAUGAAUUUCACGGUCGCGAACGAGGACUGCAACCUGUACACCUUCGAUAUGCGGAACCUCACGCAGGCCAUCGGUCGGCACUGGGAUCACGCCAUGGCGGUGCUGGACGUGAGCUACAGCCCCUCGGGCCAGGAGUUCGUCUCCGCCAGCUACGACGCCACCGUGCGGCUGUGGUCCAUAGACGGACAGCGCUCGCGGGACGUAUACCACACCAAGCGCAUGCAGCGCGUGUUGUGCUGCGCCUUCUCGUCGGACGGCCGCUUCGUGCUGUCUGGCUCGGAGGACACCAACGUGAGGGUGUGGAAGGCGAAAAGCGACCAGAAGCUGGGCGUGAUGGUGGACCGCGAGAGGCAAGCUGUGGCCUACCGCGAGGCCCUCAAGCAGAAGUUCCAGCGGCUGCCCGAGAUCAGCAGGAUAAAGCGGCACGUCCACGUGCCUAAGGUGAUAAAGAAGAUAACGGAGAAGCGGCGGAUCAUGCGGGAGGCGAGGGCGCGUAAGGACGAGAAUCGCAGGAAGCACUCCAAGCCAGGAGCGCACCCUCACGUGAAGAUGAAGAAGCGGCAUGUCGUGAAGGAGUUGGAGUGACGCGGUUUGCUCCCAGACAGAAAAAAAAACAUGUGGGCAUCUUGGUCAUAUCGUGGAC